CGCCAUGUCCAUCGUGACCUAUUCAAUGCGAAGGAAAAGAAGAAAAAAAAAAAAAAUAGAAAUUGUACUCUUCCAAAUUUUCCAACGGUCAUAUUUCACCGACGUACUCCAACGCCAACGGUCACUCACCGUUCAAUCUAAAUCCGACGGCUGCCCACCAUCGUACCCUCAGCCCAUAAUACUCUUUAUGUUUCAGUGCUGGUAAAUCAAAUCAAUCACAGAUGUUUACUAAAAGAAGAAGAAGAAGAAGAGAAAUUGGAAGAGACCGAGACAGGUAUUGGAAAUUGAAUAUUGAAAAAACAAAAAAAGAAAAGAAAAAGAAAACCCAAAACUUCAUUAAUCAAAUACAGAAUGAACUUUAAAUCCCAAUGAUGAAAACAAAAGUAAAUUUUAGGCUAAAAAUUUAGAAUAAAAAAUAAAAAUAAAGUUUUUAACAUAAAAGAAUUAAGAGUAUAUAUCAAAAUAGGAUUUAAGUGGCCUCUGUUAACCUUGGAGGGAUGGGAUCCUAAAUCCCCUCGGCGCCAAUUCAACGUCACCACCUAUGUUUCAUCACCGCCACACACGUGGCAGCUUGCUAAUGCUCCCAUCCACAAGCUGGUGUGUCACCCGCAGGCCCCUACUUGGUAACGGAGCGGUUAGUUGCUGUGUAUAAAAGGCCCAGUGAAAGCAUAAGGAACAAAAUUCAAAUCACAAAGCAAAAAGAAAAGGUAAAAAAAAAAAAAAAACAAAAGUAGAGUGACAUAGAAAAAACUGUUCUUCAAUCUCUUAGAACUGAAAAUAAAAGGAAGAAAAAUGCCAAUCCAUAAGUUUACAUUCGGAUCACCGGGAGAGGCGAGCCAACCGGACGCGAUAAAGGCAUCAUUCGCCGAAUUCUUCUCCAUGAUCAUCUUUAUUUUCGCCGGACAAGGAUCCGGAUUAGCUUUUGAUAAAUUAACGGACGGUGGAUCUACGACAGCGUCGGGGCUGAUAAUGGCAUCUCUGGCUCAUGCUUUUGCGUUAUUUGUGGCGGUUUCGGUGGGAGCGAAUAUCUCCGGCGGGCAUGUGAAUCCGGCAGUUACAUUUGGUGCCCUUGUUGGUGGAAACAUAUCGUUUUUUAGAAGUAUAAUGUAUUGGAUUGCUCAAUUGCUUGGCUCUGUUGUUGCGUGCUUCCUUCUUAAGUUUGCCACCGGUGGAAAGGUAACACCAGCAUUUGGUCUAUCAUCAGGAGUUUCUGUAUGGAAUGGAUUUAUACUUGAGGCAGUGAUGACAUUUGGAUUAGUAUAUACAGUAUAUGCAACAGCAAUAGAUCCAAAGAGGGAGAAUUUAGGUAUCAUUGCCCCGAUUUCAAUUGGUUUCAUUGUUGGUGCUAACAUUUUAGUUGGUGGUGCUUUUGAUGGUGCUUCCAUGAACCCUGCUGUCACCUUUGGCCCUGCUGUUGUCACUUGGUCAUGGACCCAUCACUGGGUCUACUGGCUAGGUCCUAUGACUGGUGCAACCAUUGCUGCCGUUGUUUAUGAUACACUCUUUAUCUCUGACUCCAUGCAUGAUCCUCUUACUCAGUAUAAUGAUUUCUAGAACCAUUUAUUCCCUCUAAAACUAGAACAAAGAUUUGAAGUUUCUGCUGCAA